AUGUCGACUCCACUCCCCGGCGCUGUUCGCAUUGUCUCUGGCAACGUAUUGCCUCUCCCUGCUGGGUUCAAUGAGCCUAUCGUGAAGACUACGAAAGACACUGUUGAGACACUGCCGACAUAUGGAGGCCAAUACAGGCGGGCUUUCAUUGGAAAGCAUGCUUUCCCAGCUACCAAUGACGGCGAGCAUAUUGCUGACACUGACCCUGACGUACCGGUUGUGAACCCCGGCGGUGUCCGCAUCUAUUAUUUGGAUUUGUCUCCUGGAUUUGUCAGCCCCAUGCACCGCACUACGUCGGUUGACUACCUCACUGUCCAGAAGGGCAAGCCCAUCUUAGUCACACCUAAUGGUCCUUUCAAUGUCGUCGACGGUAAGGCAGACUACACUGAAACCAUCGAAACCGUCUGCAAUGAAGGAGAGACCGUUGUUCAGCGAGGCCAAUUUCACGCAUGGAAGAACGACACCGAGGAGUGGAUCCGUAUCCUCGUUGUAGCCAUUGAGGCCCAAACGCAAGAAGUCAAGGUUGGCGACGAGACCAAGAGGCUUGAGGAGAUUUGGCUGUAA